CAGCGAGACAAAAUGGAUCGCGAUCCAAGACCUCGAGAAUUGCUACUGUUCUUAAACCCUCGCCCUCCCGCUUUUUCCUUCUCCUCCUCAUACCACAGAAACGAAGACAUCAUAAUAGUCCCGUAGCAUCCCACACCGUCUUGUUGGGAGCUUACCUCACCAGACUUGGUACUCUUCACCGGAUAACCAUCAUGGGCACUGAAGGGUUCUUCAAGAGACGCUCACUUAAGGCUGACGAUUCUCGCCGUACAGCAGCUGCGGAACUGACUCUACGCCAGUCAAUUUUCCCCAUCUGCCUCGUCACCGUCCUCUUUUUUCUCUGGGGUUUCAGUUACGGCCUGCUAGAUACUCUCAACAAACAUUUCCAGAACGUCCUGAAUAUUAACCAGGCGCGUUCGUCAGGUCUUCAGGCCGCCUACUUUGGCGCAUAUCCGCUUGCUUCCGUCGGCCAUGCCGCCUGGAUCCUUCGCCAUUAUGGCUAUCGCGCUGUCUUCAUUUGGGGCCUCUGCUUAUACGCCGUGGGUGCGCUUCUUGCCAUUGCCGCGUUGAAGAAAGCUUCGUUUGGGGGCUUCUGCGCAUGCAUUUUUAUCAUUGGCAAUGGUCUGGGAUCGUUAGAAACGGCAGCCAAUCCAUUCAUUACAGUCUGCGGCCCGCCGAAAUACGCCGAGAUUCGCAUCAACAUUGCCCAAGCAUUCAACGGCAUUGGCACCGUCGUCGCGCCAGUCCUGGGCUCAUAUGUCUUCUUUAAUUUUAGCGAUGAAAAGGCCCUUGACAAUGUGCAAUGGGUUUAUGUUGCCAUCGCCGCCUUCGUCCUCCUCUUGGCCACAGCAUUUUAUUUUGCAGAUAUCCCCGAGAUUACCGACGCGGAUAUGGCAUUCCAGGUCGAGGUAACGCACACAGAAGCCGACGACAAGCCUUUCUACAAGCAGUACAAGCUUUUCCACGCCACCUUCGCGCAGUUCUGCUACACGGGAGCACAAGUCGCCUUUGCUGCUGGCUUUAUCAACUACGCUGAUUAUACCAAGCCUGGUCGUAGUAGUUCUACCAGCUCAAAGUUAUUUGCUGGUGCUCAGGGCGCUUUUGCGCUGGGUAGAUUUGUCGGCAGUGCUCUCAUGCGUUACGUCCGGCCGCGUUGGGUAUUCCUUGCCUUCUUGACGAUGUGCAUUGUCUUCAGUGGUCCUGUCAUUACUCAACGUGAAAACACUGGCGUGGCCAUGCUCUUCGUGGUUCUCUUCUUUGAGUCGGUCUGCUUCCCCACUAUUGUCGCCCUCGGUAUGCGUGGUCUGGGCAGGCACACCAAGCGUGGAAGCGGAUUCAUUGUUGGUGGUGUCGCGGGCGGUGCUUGUGUUCCUCCAAUAGCUUUCGCAGUUGGAGAUGCAAAAGGCAGUGGUAUUGCUAUGGUUGUGCCGAUGGUGUUCUUGAUUGCAUCGUGGAGCUAUGCUCUGUGUGUUAACUUUGUACCAGCGUAUAAAAACGUCGUUGACUCCUUUGGCGAGACUGAGAUCGGUAUCACGGACCGCGGCGAUGAUAAUAUCACCAAGGAAGCGACGUCUGAGGAGAAGGCUGGUGUUACAUCAGUCGUUUGAUUUUAAACGUGUGUGAACCGGUGGAAGUAAUGAGGAUCACAUGUUUGUACUGCAUGGGAGCUGCUAUAUCAACACAUAUCAGAGUAGCAUAUGCCGUUAACAACUAAUACCAUUGCUAGACAAUAUUAUUUGUAGAACUAAACGGGCAAACACUACAAAGGGGGGGGGG